AUGCCUCCAUCGGCACGCCCGUGGCUGCCUCUAGCGCGCCCGCUGCUGGACGCGCUGGCCGCCGCCCCAUGCCUGCUGGCCCUCAAACGCGCCCUUCCUCCUGGGCUGGCUGGGCUGGCACACGGGCUGGGCUCCGUGCCCGCCACCGUCACUGGGCCGAGCGUGCAGGCGGCGUGCGCGCGUCUUCGUCACGUGACGUCCAUCGCCAUCUACGGUGGCAUUCCUGUGUGUACGUGGCGGGGCCGGCCAGUCCCACGACUGGCGCGUGGUUGCGCGGGCGUGACGCUGGACAGCUACCAGGCGACGGUGGUGCUGGGCGGCGCGCAGGUGCUGGCGGGCGCGGGCGCCAGCUUCUCGUUGGCGCGACUGGGGCGGCGGCCGCUCGCCAUCGGCGCCUGCGCCGCACAGACGGUGCCGCUGCUGGCCUUGGCCGUGUACCUGCACGUGGGAGAGGACCACGCCCCCUCACUGCCGCUGGCCAUGCUGGUUCUGUAUGUGGUAGCCGGCGCCUUCGGCCUUCACACGCUGCCCUGGGCCAUGGUGGGCGAGGCCUACCUGCCGCUGGAGGGCGCGCUGGAGCGCAGCAGCGCGCGCGGGGGCGUGGAGGGCGUCUUCUACACCUCGCCGCCACUCCGCGCUCAGCGUCGUCUUCGUCUGCUGUGGCUGCCUGAGACGCCACGGCCGCACCGGCGCAGGAGAUCGAGGCUGCGUUUCGCCCGCGCCCCCGCGCGCCGCCCCGCGCCGCCGCGCCCGCCGCGCCCGCCCUGA